AUGAGUCUCUUUUUGCAACUACGGUGCAGCACUGUCUGGAUUAUUAACCCUGAGUUUAGUGCACACGAAGACCUCUACGAAGCACCCAGACAAGCUGGCACAGACCACUGCAGCACCAAGCAGCUGCGGAAUGCUUCUGGCCCCCGGAGAAUUUCGUGCCUGCCUCCUCUUCUCGCCGCCCGUCUACAGAUUCGGGAGCGAAUACCAAUACGCUUCCCGGGGAAAGUGGACGAGCCGUGGCUACCGCCCCCCGAGCACGGUGAAGCCAUCCCAGCUCCCACUUGCCAUCCCCAGGACCCCCACGCCUUUGGCUCUCGUCCAGGCCGAGAGAUGCCAUUCAGACGGCUACGUUCUCCCUCUACAUGGGUCACCCCGGUGCGCCUCGCUCGCCCAAAGCGGAGCAGGCGCGCCCUGGAGCCCGAGCCUGGGCUGGGAGGGCUGGCGGGCAGCCAGGCAUGGCACAGGGGAGCGGGAAUUUCCCGGACAGGCGGUUUUCCCGCUUCGGGACCUGGAGCCCAGUGGAUAAAAGCGCUCGGUGGAGCACGGGGAGCCACAGAGCCAAGGAGUCUCGGCACAGCUAGCCCUCGCUCUCUCCUCUUCGAGCUCCAAGCGCCGAACUCCUCCACCAUGAGCCGCGGUGUCCGCCAGAUUUCUUGUCUCUUCCUGCUGUGGCUGCUGUCCGGGCUGCUGACGCCGUCCGUCCGGCUGGCUAGCGGAGCGCCAGUGGCCAAUGAGCUACGUUGCCAGUGUCUGCAGACGGUGCAGGGAGUUGCCUACAAGUCCAUCGCCAACCUGAAGGUGAUCCCAGCCGGUCCCCACUGCUCCAGCCUCGAAGUCAUAGCCACUCUGAAGAAUGGAAACCAACUUUGCCUUAACCCCGCGGCCCCCCAAGUGAAGAAAAUAGUGGAGAAAGUGCUGAAAAGCUCCAACUAGUAGCUUCAAAAGAGAGGAUGGUCUCUUGCAAUGUCUAAGCAGCUCCAUUUUGAGAAUAUGGGUCUCAAGAGCCAGAAGAGUCCCCAUACUUUGCCAAGCAUCUGUGAUUUGUCUGGAAAUUCUUUAUUGCAAUGCUUUUAUUUAUUUGAUUUGUUUGUUUUAAAAAGCGUGAUAGAAACUAGUUGUUAAAUUGACACUGUCUUCUCUUCCCUUUUUACAAAAUCAGUUAUUUCAGUUUUUUUCCUUCAUGUGCCGUAUAUUUCAUUUAAGUGUGAUAUUUUGAACUUUUAUCAGAAUCAUUUCUUUUUUACCUAUUUAAAAGAAGGUUGUGAUUUGAGUGAGAAUGAGCUGUGGGAGCUAACCACAAACAUUAUUUAUGAGAAUGAUUUGACAUUGUUGACUAUGUAUUUAUAUUGAAGUAUUGAGAACUGUAAUGUUCUAAUUAUCCCAUAGACAUUUAAUGUCUUCUUUGUAUGGCAUACUGUCAUGUUUAGUGUAAAAAUACACAAUGUUCUUAAUUCUAUUUAUGUCCUAAAAUAAGGAGAUUUAAAUAUUUAUUGCUAAUAAAUAACUACAAAGUCUAUGAAAUAAACUGUUUUGAGAAAGCCCA